CUUGGAAUUAAAGGGGCUUCGAGAGAGCCCGGACAAAGCGACAGAUUCAGAUCUCGGCUGACCCGCUGCCGCUCUCCAGGGCGUGUGUGUGUGUGUGUUCCAGCAUGUCCACCAUGGUGUGUGUGCGUGAGGAGAAGCUGGAGAAGCUGUCGCAGGAGGAGAUCAUCUCCAACACUCGGCUGGUGGUGCAGGGGCUGGAGGCGCUGAAGAGCGAACACACCUCCAUCCUGCAGAGCCUGACGGAGACGCUCCGCUGCCUGAAGAAGGAGGAGGAGUCCAGCCUGGUGCAGGAGAAGACCAGCCUACUGCGCAGAUCUGUGGAGAUGAUCGAGCUGGGGCUGGGGGAGGCGCAGGUCGAUCAGAAUAAGUAUAAGGAGGCGGCUCACCUGCUGAAUGAUGCGCUCUCCAUCAGGGAGAAAACACUCGGCAAAGACCAUCCUGCUCUGGCCUCCUGCUUCCUGAAACAGGGCAAGUAUAAAGAAGCAGAAGUUCUGUAUAAGGAGAUUCUGACCCGCGCGCACGAGAAGGAGUUCGGCUCGGUGGACGCUGAAAACAAGCCCAUCUGGAUGCACGCAGAGGAGCGGGAGGAGAUGAGCAAGGGGAAGCACAGGGACAACACACCGUAUGGAGAAUAUGGAGGCUGGUACAAAGCCUGCAAAGUCAACAGUCCUACAGUGAACACGACGCUGAGGAAUCUGGGCGCUCUGUACCGCCGACAGGGCAAGAUGGAGGCAGCCGAGACUCUGGAGGAGUGUGCCAUGAGGUCACGCAAACAGAUGAAACGUGCCGCUUCACUCAACUUCCUGAACAAGGCAGGUGACGAGUCCUACCAGAAUGUGAGCAGCAGGAGGUUGAGAGACAGCAGAGGACUGAGCUCCAGUAAUGUGGACCUGUACAACGGCAGCUGAAGCUCUUCUCACACACACAUAUACACACACACACACACACACACACACACUCAAUACACUGUACAACACACAAACACACCCUGAUGCUCACACAGACGCAGAGAGACGGGAGUGUGUUCCAGCAGUCCUGGCGGAGGCCUGAUGCCGGCUGCUGGUACUCUAUAAAGCCAUAUGAGAUCCUGAUGCUGCAUUCUGGGAGAGGGACCUGCUGCUGCUGCUGCUUUUAUAUAUAUAUAUAUAUAGGUAAUGAUGUGUAAACGCUGCAUGUAAAGCAGUGGAGGAUGUUACCCGAGUCAUAUUUGUCUAUUUUUAUAUGUGCAGAUGCUCUGUGUAAUGCUGAUGUGUAGACUGUACGCUGUUAUUUUAGGUCAUGGUAUCAGGGUUUGACUAUAUCUUCAUCGUGAGGGUUGCUGUAUUAAUAUGAUCAUGGUUUUCAGGCUCUGCUCGGCUCUUCAGGAUCAUUUGUGUUUCUUUUAUUCUGGUUUUCUCUUCAUCGUGCUGGCUGGUGUUUGAAUGUAAAUAGGAUUGAUAUGAGAGAGUCUGAGAUCUGCUGGUUUUAUAAAGCUGUUUGAUGAGUUUAAGUGUUCUCAGGGUCUGAAGAAGCCGAAUCCGCUGUUACUUUCACAGCAGAUGAUAUUAAUGAUGUACUCGACUAUACACUGUUUACUGAACUCUCUAUAUUAAUCAGGCCACUCGAGUCCUACAGAUGUGCAGGUUUAGGUAAAAAACUAAUAUAUUACAAUUUUAAUCUGAUGUCUUACUCUUUAAACAUACAGCAUUAGCACAUACUCUAACCUGGCUUUCGUUAUAAAGAGACUGUUUAGUUCAUCUGUCAUGUUUAGAAAGUGCUGUGAGAUUGGGAUGUAGUACCUUUACCUCCAACGCUGCACAUGUGGACCAAAGCUGUCGUCAAAGACAUUAUUUUUCUGGGAUAUUUGCCUCUUAUUUUCGCUUAAUCUGUUACCAACGAUGCCUUGAGUUACUGCAAUGCCCAAAUAUAUGGAGAAAACAGUGUGCUCUCUUUAUUAACAGUUAUAAAUUGCCAAAUCUUC